UUUCCUUUUAUAAAAAUUUUGCUUUUUAAAGCUCAUCCUCCAUAAUUCAUUCCCACUUAUUAUAUUUGCUCCUAAAAGCUUUAAUUCUCUCUUCCUUAUCUCCUCAAUCUCUCUGUAUCUCUCUCUUCCUAACACACCCCUCCAAUAAUGAAACAUAAAACCCAACUUCAUGUAAUAAGCUAGGCAUCUUUAGAGAGAGAAAGGGAAGUAAGAGAUAUAUAACCUAAGAGAUACCAUAAGUCCCACCAUAAGACAUGAAUCAUACUAUAAACCCUUCCUAGCUUCUUCCUUGUCUAAAAAGGAAUUCUUCUCUAAACUAAAUUAGGGUAUAUAUAUUGUAUUCAACCAAGGCAAAAAAAAAAAAAAAAAAAAAAAAAAAAAAAAAAAAACAAGUGAGGAAUAAGUUAAAGUACUUAAUUAUAUAUCUUAAUUCCCACUACAUAAUUAUGGAUGGAGAUCAUCAUCACCACCACAAUCACCAUGAAUUCCACAACAACCAUCAUCGUCCCAACUUCCCUUUUCAGCUUUUAGAAAAAAAGGAAGAAGAAGCAUGUUCAAAUUCCACCCAUUUUAUCCCUUCUUUAACUAUAGUUCCAUCAGACUCCACCCCACCUCCUUCGGAUGUGCCUAUUCUGGCACAGCCGCAAAGUGGAACUGGGGAGGAAUCUGCUUCGGGGGCUGUCACAAAAAAGCCAGCCCCCAAGCGAACCUCCACCAAAGACCGUCACACAAAAGUAGACGGAAGAGGUAGGAGGAUCCGGAUGCCUGCGCUAUGUGCAGCCCGGGUCUUCCAACUUACUAGAGAACUAGGGCAUAAGUCAGAUGGAGAAACAAUUGAAUGGCUACUACAGCAAGCGGAACCAGCAGUAAUUGCUGCAACGGGUACGGGUACAAUACCCGCAAAUUUUACUUCCUUAAAUAUAUCACUUCGGAGCUCCGGAUCUUCUCUUUCGGUUCCGUCGCAACUAAGAUCCGCUUCAUCGUAUUUUAGCCCUAAUUUCACGACUUCCGCUUCAGCUUCACGCCGGAAUUUCUUCGCCGGCAUUGGUCUUUCUUCUGAUACAUCCCCGUCGUCCGCUUUACUCAAUUUUCAAACCGCUACUUUGAAUUUAAACCCCAGUUUAUUACAAGCCAAGCAGGAAUGUAACACGACGGAAAAUAAUAUCAAUAACAAUAACAACAAUAAUAGUACGCAAAACAAUAAUAAUAAUAAUAAUAAUAAUAAUAAUAAUAAUAAUCAACUCGAUCUAUCAGACGGAGCAGAUGAAGGAGGAGGAGGAAGAAAAAGAAGGUUGGAAGGGGAAUAUGGUGCGGCGGCGUAUGGGCAAAUUCCGGCGGCCAAUUUUUGGAUGUUGGCGAAUAGUGGGAAUCAUCAAGCAGCUGCUGUAAUGAGUGGAGACCCAAUUUGGACAAUUCCGUCGGUGAAUAAUACUGCAGCAGCUGGUUUAUAUAGAGGUACUGUUCCUAGUGGGUUACACUUCAUGAAUUUUGGUACGCCAAUGGCAUUAUUGCCAAGUCAACAGUUGGGUCCCACUAUUGGUUCCGGUCAAAAUAAUGGUGGUAGUGGUCUUAAUUUGAGUUCCGGUGAACAAACUCAUCAACAUCUGGGUCAACUCACCGGACUAAAUCCUUAUAGAAAUAUUUCUGGGAGUGGGAUCUCGGACUCUCAGGCUAGCGGAUCCCACUCCCAUCAUGGGGAUGACCGACAUGAUACAACGAGUCAUAGUCAUCAUUCUUAAGGGAAUUAAUUACAAAGGGACCAAAGUUUUUACCUUAUCGGCCAUUACUAAGAUACUACUAUAUAUAUGUUUGCUUCCAGCAUCACCGGCCGUCAUCGGAUAAAAUCUCUGUAGCCAUUAAUUGAUGUGUAGCACACGUGAGGUUUGUUUUAAUUUUUUUUGUUAAUUUUAUGAUUAUUUAUUUUAAUUAUUAAUUUGAGGUUUUGAUUUUUUAUUUUUUAAGUGUGAUUAAUUGAAGUAUUUAGUAAUUAGUAUGAUAAGAAAUUUAAUUAGGGUUUGAUGUAAGAAGGCAAAAUAUUUAACAUAUGGCCUUCUUAUUUUAUCAAUUUUUUUGUAUUCCAUUUGGUUGUAAAUGAUAUUUUUCUAUUGAAUUAUUGAUUUUUAAUAGCGUAAAACAAAAAAAAAAAAAAUUUAAUCUCCCUCUUUAAUUCAUAUUUUUCUCUUUGGCUCCUCCUUCGACAACCAGAUAUAUAAUCAAUCAUGCAAUUCUUUAUAAAGGAAAACUUUGUAAUUUUGGCUUUUUAUUAAUUUGAUGAAGAUGACAUAUACCCAAAUAAAUCAUUUCCCAGUGUUGUUACUCUUUUUGCUAAAUUUGUUUGAAUUACAUUCCAUGGCACUUUAAUAAAUUCCAAUUUAUUAACCUUAUUACUCCUAUUAAACUCUUGCAACCAAAAAAGGAAGAAAAUAAAUAGAGUUAGAAAAUUGAAAUUAAUUGCAUUACAAUUACAAUAUCAAACAUUGAAAAUAUUUUUCUCCGUAAAUUGGUACUAAAUGUCUUACUAAUGUACAUCAAUAUUAUCUAUAGUUCGAUUAAUUGAAAAUACUCUAAAUGGCGUUUUUAAUUCACACAUGUAUGGUACGCUCAUUUAAGGCAAAGGUGUCGUGUAAGUACUUAUUACACAUAUUCAAACAUACGUGAGCCGUAUUUCAGGUAUAAAUUGAACUUGAAAAUAUAACAUUUUUUAAAUGCUCUUCUAAAAAACAUUCAUACAUUUUAUUAGAAUCUUUAAAUAACCAAAAUAAAAUUUAAAAUUUUUGAAGGUUCAAUAUAAGUGUUAAAGUAUAUAUAUAAGAUAUUAUAUGCCUUAGCUAUCAACUUAAACUUUUGGUUAAUGAGUUAGUUCUUUGACAUGGUACAAAAGCUAAUCAUCAGCUCUAUUACCAUAUUAAAAAUUUACUCAAUUAAAAGUUUAAAUUAAUGAUUAGAAUCCCAAAAUAGGUUAUAUACUACUCCCUCGUAUUCACCUUAGAUGUCCCAUUUACGUUUAAGACAUUAUUUAUCUAUCACUCUUAAAUUGCAUCUUAUUAUUAAUCUAUAAGUUGAAACAUAGUCAUAUGAGAUCUUAUUUGAUUCGUUUUGAUGUAAAGAUUACUAAUAUCAAGUUUUUAUAAUUUUUAAUUGUAUAUAAUUUGAUAUAUUAAGAGUCAAAUAAGUGUAUUGAAUAGAAUGCAUAAAGUAAAUAAGAUAUUUAACAUAAAUUGAAGAGAGUAUAUAACAAUAAGUUUAAAUUUGCGAGGUUAAAAGUUGAGAUAUAAGGUAUAGACCCUAAAUUUAAGAAAAAACAAGUUGGUGCAGUGACUUACCGUUGUGCAAAAAGAUGUUCAUGGUGAGAUGGUGAUUUCAAGAUUCAAGCGUAAAAACUGUGAAUCAAUCACACGUUUACAGCUCUAAGAUGAUGAAUAGGUAGAUAUCUUUCACAAAAAAAGAAGUGGGACCCACACCUUAUCAGUUCCAGGUAUUGCUCAGGUGGUGAGACCCAGCUGCUUCUCAUCACCUUAACCCAAUGUAUAUUGUCACUCACUUACAGGUGGAUUCAUCAUUCUUCCUCCUUUUUUCCAACUCUUUUUUUAUAAAUCUCUUUCAAAAUUUAAAACAAAUUAUACUUGCUCUUAAUUACUUUUUGCUUCUUACUUUUUGUCAACACUUUUUUUAUACACACCCCAUUUAAUAUACAUUAUUCAUAAGUGUUGCUUUGCAAUCUAUAUUGAAUUACUUGUAACAAAAAGAAGCACGUGAAAUUCUAUUGGAUUCGCCUUUUUAUAUAUGUUUCAUUAAGAGUAAUUAACUUAAAAAUUUUCAGCUAGUGUCUUGAGAGACCGUCUCUUUGAGAGACGUAUCAUAAGUCCAACUCAUUAAAGAUUAAUGCCUACUUAUCAUAAUCUUAAUACAUAUUUACAUUAUCAUUAAUGCUUACUUACUUUAUUCUUAAUGCCUUUUUCAAUAUCUUAAAUGUUUCCUUAUAUCAUUCUUAAUGCUUAUUUACAAUAUUUAAAAAAAUAUAUAAUGUACGAUCCAUUUAGAGUUGGUCUCAUAAGAAUAUGUGUAAAAUUUACAAUAUUUUACUCAAAAAUUUAAAAUUCUUAAAAAUGUUACUCCGUAUUUUUAACUCUACCAAUAACUUAA